GAUCGACUUCUUUUCCUUCACUGCUUUCUUCUGUCACUUCCUUUUAGUUUAUUUAUUUUAUUUCCAGGUGUGAUUGCAUCUCGUCGGUGGACUGAAGCUCCUCAGACAGAAUGAAGCUGCAGCAUCCCGUGGACUAGCACCAGAGCGAGUCUUGCCUUCAGCUUCGUCACUUCGUCUGCACCGACCGAUGGCCACCAGUCCCAGCGCCCAGCAGCCCAGCAGCAUGGAGGAGCCCCAGCAGCCAGAUCAGCCAAUCAGCAUGCAGCCGGAUGGAGAAGCUGCUGCCUCAGCUGUGACAUCACAACCGACCAGCGCCGAGCAACAAACCCCACCCACGGCAACGGACGCUCCGGAGAGCAAACAAGCAGAGAUGGACCACCUGACAGUGAUCAGUGACGCCAUGGAGACCAGUAACGGCGUCGUCCCGGCGAUAGCCGAUUUGUCCCCCACAGCGUCCUCUGUGUCGCCCACGCUGCACGCUAAGCCAGGCGGCCACGCUAACGGCCGGCAUCGCUUGGGCAGCCGGUCCGGCUCGGUGGCGGCGGGCUCCCCGAGGCCGUCGCUCACCCGCCAGCCCAGCGCCAUCACAGAGGCCGCUGUGGACGGAUCCAAGCCCAGGGACUACCUGAUCCUCGCCAUCCUGUCCUGCUUCUGUCCAUUGUGGCCCAUCAACAUCGUAGCGCUCACCUUCUCCGUGAUGUCCCGAAACAGCCUGCAGCAAGGCAACAUAGAUGGAGCUCGCCGUUUGGGCCGCAAUGCGAUGGUACUGUCCGUCGUCUCCAUUUUAGGAGGAAUCGCCAUCAUCGCUGCCGCUAUCGCCCUCAACUGGGGAUUGAUUUUAAAAUCUUGAUUCAAAUCACUGGUACGAACUUCACAACAACAUCCCACCGACACCACACCGUUCUCAAAGCACUAUCGUUCUCAAGCGCCUGCACCGGAUGAAAACUACUAAAAAUCUGUUCUUUGCUGUUGUUUCUUGCUGCACGACGAGCAUGGUCUGCCUGACGCUCUACCUCCGACCAACCAACCCGACACUGACGCCUCAUUCUGGGGCAGGAGAGAAGGAACCAUCUCAUUCUGUGGUAGCAGCUUAUCUUCUCCUCGGACUGCUUUCUCCCAGCAGUGAACAAGUGUUGUCAUGGAAAUAAGCAUCUGUCUCUAUGGAAAUGGAAUUACUCUGAUCUCUAAAGCAGCCUCCGAGCCACAGGAGCGAACUGGGAGGACGUGGUUUUUAUGUUUUGAUGCCAAAAAAAAGUAGAAACUUGGUCUCAGCUGAACUGAAACUGUGAGAUGCUGCUGCUGACAGUUUAAUGCGAACUGAAGAAUUGUUUUUAUUGCAAAGGAAGGAGGACAAACAAAGAUGGAAGCGCCAUGAAGUCACACCUUUGUACUGACACCUUCACCGUCGCAUUCACCGUUUAUUUUGUUGGUCUUUGUCAAGAAACGAAGCAUGAAAUCAGCUCCAGCAUCUGCUACACUAACUAUUCAUAACCUGUGUCUACAAAAUCAAUCACAGACACUCCUCUUUCCUGCUGUAUUUGCAGACAGUAAACAUACCACAGACACUCUUCUUUCCUACUGUUAUUACAGACAGUAAACACACCACUAACCUCUACUUUUCUACUGUUGUUACAGUGAAUUUACCACAGACUGUCCUGCAGUUAUUACAGACAGUGAACUCACCACAGAUUCAGCUGUAUUUGAUCUUCUCUGACCGCAGUGUUUCCAUCUAAUGGACACUGACUGACUGGCAUUUUCACUUUAUUCUCAGUGAUCUCUUGGCUUUCUAUUCAUUUGGGUGGUUUAGGUUUCACCGCACUUCUCCACUCUGAGUGUUCAUGGUCUCAUGUAAGAUGGAUCAAUUAUUCCCUCUGCAGCCUUUUAAUUUAAACCUCCUGUUCCUCCACAGGAAGCUAAUGGCCUCUUAUCAUAAAGCACAGAGACUUUUAUUGUGGUCAGCGUUUGGGUUGUCCAAUAACUCCCGAAAUGACCACCCUCCUCUAGUCCUAAACCAGUUUCUGGUCCAGUAUCAAUAUUCAUACAAGGCUGAAGUUGUCCCAACUGCACACGACACAAUAACUGCACUGUAUUAGACACUAGCUGCCACACAAAGCUGUUUUUGUAGGUCGUGUAAAAGAAAAUCACACUAUUCUUCAACCAAACGAGAUCUUAAGCAAACAUUCAAUAUUUUAUAGGUGGGUAGAUUUCCACUCAUGUUAUCCACAAGAACAUGAGGGGUCUGAGUAGUCUACAACAACCUACAAGCUCACAAAUUUAGGUUUCAUCAAAGAUUGCACUCAGAGCAUUCCAUACUGCAGAAUGAUCUGAUGUAAAGUUUGUCAUCGGAGGUUGAAGGCAGGGUUCUUUACGGGUUUUAUGUAUUGUCUAUUUUAUUGUGUGCAGUCCAAGUGCUACAAGGGUCCUAUCUCUUGCACAUGCGUGACCUUCUACAUUUUUUUGACAGUGGUGCCCAUAAAGGGCAUCUUGAAAACCAUUUUUCUGUGUUGGGAGCUUUGGUAGACAAACAUAAAAUAGCACUUGUCAAUAGAUUGAUCUUUGAAAAACUAAUGUUGACAGAACUUCAGAAAACAAAAAUGAGUUCCAAAUAUUUCAAUGUUCUAACUGGAUUUCAAUCCACCAGAUCUAGACAUCAUUCUUUGUGUAGUGCUAUCUGCAAAUAAGUGAAGAUGUACAAUCAUCAUCAUCAAAAGCUUCAAUGUUCUGUCAAGUUUAAUGUGUGGAGCUGACAUUUUAAUACUUUAUUUUUGGUUAAUUUGAUAAGUAGUGUGCUGAAGAUGCCAACCUGCUGCAGAUGUGUAGAAAUAAGGUGUCCUGAAAACCAUUUUUUUUAAGUGUCAGUAGCAGUUAAUUGGAAAUAUUUGCCAGUUUCGCUAUAAGAGUGAAUAGCAAGCUAUGUUAAUGCCACAAAUGUUCCCACAUCACUCAGAAUAUUUUAUUUCGGAUAUUCCAAUCAGCUACAAAUGGUACAUUUUUAUCAUGUCUAUAGCAACUGUGGGUAAAACCAGCUGCAUUGUCUGGACUCUACAACAGAUGUUAGCUCAGCUAGCUAGCUAGUAUGAUCUUGAUCAUUAAAUCAUCAUUACAUCAUUAAACUACAGACUACCACAAUGAGGGAUUUUUUUCCUUAUAUAUUGGAGCCCUGUGAGCAUUACAUUGUGUUUAAUUUUUACUUAGUUCUGGCAUGCAUCCUACACGAACCCGCUACAUGUCAAACUGGGUUAAAAUUAGUGCUUUGUUGGGACACGACUUCAGCAUCUUAAUACUUAUCAAAGCCCUAAGCACUAAGGUAAACGUUUUUAUCCAAUGAAAGCUAAUUUACAGCAAACAGAGCCACAGAUUUUCUGUUUUGAUUGUAUUUCUCUCUUGUUUGAGUGCCAGAAAAAGUACUGACUUUGACUGAUUCUGCAUUUAGUUUAAUUCUUUCUCAUUCAGAGUUUACUGGCUGAUUAACUUGAUUUUUUUUUACACAGAAAACUUAUCACAGCUUCCUCUUUGGCCCAUUUGUGUUGAGCGCUAAUGGACACUUUGUGGACAGAUGGUUUCAGGGGGAACUUUGAGGAAGUAAGCUGUUGUUCUGGAACUUAAAUCAGCCCUUCGUCUCCUAUAACCCAUGCAUGUUUACAGUAUUUAUUACAGAAUGCUUUUACAAAAGACUGUAGCCUCAUUUAGCAGGACAGCUAACUGAGUAGCACUUUGUAAAUAAAUAGUAUGAGAAAGUAAAGAUAUCCCCUUCUUCUCUUCGUUAUGAAGACCUGCAGUCAACUUCCCGCCAAAAAUGCACUGUUGGUGUUUUUAGCGGGUAAAUAGUGCAUCCUUGGAUGGUCAUGUUUUUCAAGUUUGGACGUCUAACUUCAGUGCUUUCAUGUGCUUCAAGUCAGAAUAUGGGAAUGACAUGGAAAAGAAGAUGGGAUAGAUUUUUUCCUUAGAGCAAUUAAACAACACAUCAGUAGUUGGUUCCAAAAUUGGCGGGAAAACAAAAAGAGCGGUUACAAGCUAAUACCAACCUGAAAAUUCAAUGUUAGACAUAAAAAUUGAUACGUAAUUCGGGCUGAUUACUGCAGCCAAAAGAUUUCAUAAUGUCUAUAAGAAAUUAAUUUAAACAAAAUAUAAUGCUGCUAGUCAAAUUCAUCUUUAACUUUGUUCACUGUGUGUUUUUUGCAGGCAAUUUACAUUUAAAUAUAAGUGCAGGGAGACGAAGAGAAUCUGUAACUCAUCUCUACAUUACUGGCGCUGGAUUAUUUACUCCAUUCUCCUAUGCAAAUAAUUAACAUUACAUCAAAUUAACAUUUUUGAAUAUCAUGGUUUGCAUCAGUAAUCAAAAGCAGGAAAACAAUUACUUUUGUCCCCCAUAUUUUGUCAAGUAUGAAGCUGGUAACGACAUAAAAAAACUCACAAGGACAUGCUAGAAAAAAUUAUGAAAUGCAGUUAGCGUCAUCACAAUAACAUAAUCACUCAUAAUUCAUAUUAAACUUUGUCUCUUUUUUGGCAAAUUAAUUACACUGAAAAUACAAAUUAUAGGAAGAUGGUGAUUAUUUACAAAUUCAUAUAUGCUUUAUUAACACAAUUAUUGUUAAUACUGGGGCGUUAAAACACCGUUAAAUAUAACACGAAUGUGAGGCUUAAAUCUUACGUUUUUUUGUUUGUUUGUUUUUUUUUUUACGGCCAACUAAACUUUUACUUGUAAAUUAUGUCAGCAAAUCGGAAAAUUUUUGCGAACGUACAAAUAGUCCCCAAUUGAAGUUUUUACCCAUCUGGAAAAAAUUUUGAUCAUUCUGACAGCACAUGAAUGCUUUAUGAGUUUGAGUCGUACUUUUGAAGCAUUUUGGACCAAUCAGAGUGUAGAGGUGAGCUCAGGUGAGGUUAGGUGAGGUCAGACUCACAGGUGGGGGAGGAGGGGAGGAAUCUUGUGAUGCUGCGUUCGUGUCAUGUGGGACAAAUGUUGGCAUUCAUGUCAUCCAAACACCUUGUCCAUUAAAUUAAUUUCAGUGAGGCAAGUCAGCCAUCUUUGUUUUCAGACACCUCCAUGCUAAUUAGCACAAAGUUUGAUAUAUAGGACCUUUUUCCAGCCGUGCUGACGUGAAUGAUGCUUGCAAAUCGCAAUUCCAAUAACUUCGAUUUGACAUGAACGCAGCAUAAAGUCCACCUCCGUCUGUUCACCACCCUCCUGUACUGUAUGUAGCAUGCCUGUUUACUAAUCACUUUAUGCAAAAAAAAAAAAAAAAACAGAAAGAAAAAAGUUCCGGCUCGAUGUCAGUAUGAAUGCUAGCUUUUCAGAUUUUUGCCGCGGUCGUGGACUUGUACACGGUUGUGUAUGGACUUUGCUUGUGCUACCUCUCAGAGUUGCCUACAGUGUUUUUAUGACAUGGUCUGAUGAUUUGAACUGACUGUUAAAUCUCUCGUGCUUCUGUUGUUGUUCUGUUUUUCACUACAAACGUUAUAAUUAUGAUAUCAACAUGCAGGGUUUUUGAUUGUCAACACACAAAUCUACACGUUCACUCAUCUGUAAUUCAACUGGCACAAGUUGUGUAAAUAGAAAAACCUCGAAAGUAAAUAUCUCAACAGAAAACUGCCAAUAACGAGCUGUCUUACGGUGAGAAAUGAGACGUCCUGAAUUUUGUAAUUCGCAUUUAUGAGAGAUUAAGAUUGAAAGUUUACAAUAUUUAAGCAGUCAACCAGCUUUUUAAAAAACAUUUAGCGGUAUUUUAAAGUCCACAGUGAACAGACAGUGCCUUGUUUUCCAGUGGGGGGUUUUAAGAGCUAAUGCUAACACAAAGUGACAAAAACUAGCAAAAUGUGCUGUGCUAAAAAAAAAAAAAAAAAAAAAAAAUUCCUUAAACCAGCCCAGUUGAGGAAUUAUGUUUGAUUAUGCACCACAGAUGGAAAAAUCAGGGCUAAAUGAGAUGCUGUGACCAGAUUUUGAAAAAUGUAUUAGCUAGCUUCACUGAGAUGUUAGCUUGAUGUGAAGAAUUUACACGGAGUGAAAUGAAAUUUGUUUGCUUUUUUAAAUCCAAACUACAAAAAGAAGCUUAGCUUCAGCUGGAAGUAGGAAAUAAUCCUUAGCUGACUACCUAGCUAGCAAGAAAUCAAUGGUUUUUCCAAGAGAUAGCAAGAAGUUACAUCUUAAAUUAGUGUGUUAGCUUAGCAUUUACACAUCAAUGAGUCAUUUUCAGGCACUCUGAAUUUUAAAAUACACAAAAGAUUAAUUUGAACAGUUUACACACUUUUGAAAAGCUGACAACAGGAAUAAGUUCAGGAUAAGUUUAGCCUAGCUUAGUACAAAGACUGGAAGUAGGAUGUAGCUGUUAGCUAGCUACCUGGCAAGCUGGAAAUACACCUUUGCUGCAAGAGAUAAAAAUAACAAUCGUAAAUUAAUGUUAGCUUAGCAUUCAAAAAUACCAAAAUAUACUUCUCAACUCUGCCUUAUUCUUAAGAUAUAUUUGAAUAAUUUAUAUGUUUGAAUUUGUUUUAGGUAGAUUUUUUUUGUAAAGCCCAGACUAUAGAAAGAAGUUCAGGAUUUGUUUAGCCUAUCUUAGCACCAAGAGUGGAAGUAGAAUGUAACUGUCAGCUAGCUACCUGGCUAGCCACAAAUCCAUUUCCCAACAAGAGGUUACAAAAGAUAAUAUGUUAGUGUUAGUUUUGUAUUCAAAUAUACAAAAAUACUUUGUAUAAUCUAAAGUUAUGUAGAUAAAUUUGAACAAUAUAUAUUUUAAUCUGAAGACAAUUGAAAAAAUAAAUUACAGAAAGAAGUUAGAUGUGUUCAGCCUAGCUUAGCACAACAGCCAAAGUUGGGUAACUGUUUGCUAGCUAGCUAGAAGUCCACUUUUGCUGUAAGAGGUAAGAAAAAUAAGAGGUUAAAUUAGCUUUGUUUGAAUCAAAAACUACUUCUCAACUACGCAAAAUGCUGCAGAUGAUUUAAACGAAAGUUUAAAAAAUUGAUAUUUAGAAAAAUUCUGAACAAAGCCCAGGAUGUGUUUAGCCUAGCUUAGCAAAAAGACUCAAACAAGGAGACAGCUAGCUAUUCAGCCAGCUAGAAAGCAAAUUGUGAGUUUAGCAUUUAAAUGUCAUUGUCAUUUUUAAACCAUCUGUAGUUGGUGACACUUUACAUGAAAAAUAGCUUUAGCUUUGCUUAGCACAAAAUAGACUGAAAGUAGAGGCCAACUGUUAGCUAGACAGGAAUUCCACCACUGUUGCAAGAGAUAGCAGAAAAAAUACAGGGUAAACUAGCAUGUUAGCUUAGACAGUAAAGAAUUAACACAUGUAAAAUUAAAGUUUAGCCAUAGUCUAUAGCAUUUAAAUAUCACAAAGCCUCAAAAAAAAAAAACACAUGGAGUCCAACAUGUGUUCAGCAGAUAAAUUCCAAAAAACUUUAUAGAAUCCUCAAAUCUAAAUGAUAAACUUUAAAUUUAAAACCAAGAUUCUUUGACAGACUUUAAAUAGGUUAAAUGUUUGAUGCUAUUCUGUUCAUUCAAACUUUGCUCAAUGAAUUCAAGAGCCGAAGUUAAUAAUUGCUGUGUGUAAAAUGUGUUAUUUUGUGGUCUGUGAAAACAAUAUUAGAGAUAAUUGAAGGAGACUAAAUAGUUUUCAUUGAAAAACACUAAAACCUUCCACAGGACGUCUCAUUUCCAGCCCAUUUCCUGUACAGGCUGUAAAGCUGCUGCAUUUCAUUCAUUCACUUCAACACCUUCAGUUGUCGUUUUUUCUGCUCUUCUUUCUCAUUUCUGUUUCUUUUGUAAAAGCUCUUUGGACACCUGAUCUUUGUAUUUUUAUAUUUCUAAUCUCAUUCUCUGGAUCUUUUUGUAUUUUCAUGGUAACUUCCUGUUUGUAACGCUCAGUAUAACCUGCUUCCUGCCUGCUUUUCUAAAACAGCGAGUUGUGGAGGAUGUUUGUUAGCAUGUCGACCGACUUCAUUAAGUCCUCUCUUGGUAUCGAUCGCCGUCUCCUGACACUUUGUGCCUGUGCAUGCCUUAAAGUGACUGCUGAAUGACUAUGGGUGUUCACAAUACAUUUAUCAAAGACACCGUUUAUCUUGACUACUGAUGUUGAGUAUUUGAUCAUGUUUGAAGGGAAUAAAUCCGUUAAAUACGA